AUGAUGCUUUACACAUUCAUUUGGAAGUGUUCCAGAAGUGUGUGGAGCUAUUCGUCCUUUUCUCAAAAGGUCGCUCUCACCGGAGACGAAAUCACGACUCGUCGUGUUCAGCUUGCCUGCCCGAUUGAAUUGUGUCCCGGCGAAUCGGACCUGGCGCCCGACGUCAGCGGCGACUUCCUGGACUGGGACACAACAGCUUUUGUGCAAAGCAUGAAUGCGGCUGUCACGAGGCCGUUGGGCGCCGAUUCCAACUCGGAACAUUUGCUGUAUCUCAUUUCGCCACGCGUCACCGACCGUGGCAUCGAGUUGACCGGCAACGCCACGGUCGAGGAGAUGACGUCAGCUCUGCGCCAGGUCCGUUGGUUCCGACUUCAAGCUUUCGAAGACACCUCCGCCUCAGGCGCAGCCGAGCAGAGCGGACGAGUUGAGUCCGGCCCCAGUCAGCCUAAAAGCCAUCUGGCAGCGCCGGUUGAGCGCUGCUUCACGCUUGUCUGCAGAUUGGAAGGAUACCGGAGCCCUCUGAAGUCUGCAGAACAUCCGAAUGCACAUUGGCUGACAGACGGCAUCACCAACAGUCUUAUUGUCAAGGUUUGUCGGGAAAGGAUGCUCUUUUCUAUGCCAUAA